AGCCAGAGAAGCAGAUGGUCCCUGUUCAGCAAAACAAGACUGAAGAAAAGCGAGGGGAGCUGCUCUCUCAGGCAGCGGGGAGGAUGACUAGAUGGCAAUAUGCAGGAAUCACCCCGCCUCCAUACUACUACAACGGGGAGAACGGCUGUCCGUCCAGCUGGCACCACUAUGGGUCUCGAUGUUUUGUCUUCAUUAACAGCCCGAUGGCCUGGAUAGAUGCUGAGAAACACUGUUGGCCCUAUGGUGCCAAUCUCGCAUCCAUCCAAGACCAGUGGGAGUUCAAUUACAUCCAGGAAGCUGUAAUAGACAGAGGAUAUUACGGACAGGCCUGGAUCGGUGGCACUGAUGCAGUUCGG